CGAAAGCCGUUUUGCUGCUGCGAUCUAUUAAAAAACUUUUAAUUGUGGAUAAAUUUACUUUUUAUUUUUUUGUUUUGUUUUUCAUUUGUUUUUCACAAUUUACUUCACUUUUUUCUAAAUCUAAACAUUUUUCUUAAGGUUAAAUUUCGAUAUUUUUCUUGGUUAAGCGUUUAAGGAUAUUUUAUCAAACAAUUUUUUCAAUUUUGGCUAUUUAAAAAAUGUAUAUUAAAGAGAUAAACAUUACCGGAUUUAAAAGCUACAAGGACAUUACAACAAUUCGCGAUUUAUCGCCCAAACACAAUGUGGUUAUUGGACGAAAUGGGAGUGGGAAAAGCAACUUUUUUGCGGCAAUUCAAUUUGUUUUGAGUAGUGAAUUUACGUCAAUUACACAACAUAAUAGACAUGCAUUUUUACAUGAAAGUGUUGGGGCAAAGUCUGCUACUGCAAAGGUAGAAAUAGUUUUUGACAAUAUGGACCAUCGCAUUCCCACAGAAAAUGAGGAAGUUCGAAUUGUACGUGCACUUACAAUGAAAAAUGACACAUAUUAUAUUGAUGGGAAAAGUGUAACGAAAACUGAGAUUGUUAAUAUGAUGGAAUCUGCUGGUUUUUCCCGUUCAAAUCCUUAUUAUAUUGUUAAACAGGGAAAGAUAACAGAAUUGGCAACAGCUUCGGAUGCUUAUCGCCUUAAAUUAAUCAAAGAGGUUGCUGGAACUCGUGUCUUUGAUGAGAAAAAAGAAGAAAGUACAAAAAUAUUGACCGAAACACAAGGAAAGAUUGAAAAAAGCGUUACUCUAUUAGGCUAUAUAAAUGAACGUCUUAAAAAAUUGGAAGAAGAAAAAGAGGAUUUGAAGGAAUAUCAAAAAUGGGAUAAAAUGAAGAGGUCUAUCGAAUAUACAAUUUUUGAUAAAGAAAUAACUGAAGCUAAAACAAAAUUGGAAAAAUUAACUGAUCAGCGAACAAAAAUAAAUACGGAACAAAAUAAGUAUGAAACUAGUCUGAUAGAAAUCAAAAUGAAAAUUCAAAAUACAGAAAAACAAAUUCGUGAAUUGGAUACUCAUUAUAAAGGAAAAAGAGAAGAGAAGGAGACCUUAGUUAAUGAACAAGCAGAAUUGAUAGAAAAAAGAACACAAUUGGAACUUUCUGUUAAGGAUUUACAAGCUGAAGUUGAAAGUGAACGGAGGGGGAAGAACGCUGCUGAAAAUGAAAAGAUAGGCAUAGAACAAGUCAUUGCUGAACGCCAAGCACAACUUAAUGAACUUCAACCAAGAUAUCAACGAUUGUCGGAAGAGGAAAGCUCCAAAGAUUCUGAUAUCCGUAUACUUGAUCAACGUUGUAAAGAACUUUAUGCAAAACAAGGACAUUUAGAUAAAUUUAGAACAGUUGCAGAACGAGACAAGCAUUUAAAUGCUGAAAUUCAGUGGAUAGAUAGACAAUCAGAUGAGAUGAAAAAUCAAAUUGAAGAAAUUAAAAAGUCAAUUCGGGCAGAUGAGAAUGAAAAGGAAACUCUGGCUCAACGACUUCGGGAAGAAAAACUUCAACUCGAAGAUUUAUCUAUCAAAAUGAAUAAAUUAAGUCAAGAAAUCAAACAAAAAAAAGAACAACUUAACAAAGCUAUAACUCAUCGAAUGGAUGAUUCUCAUUCAGAGAAAGAAAAGCGUGAAAAGUUGACAACGCUUCAAUACGAAGUUAAUAGAAUGGAAGAAGAUUUUAGGCGGUUGACUCCAAAAGCUACUAUGAAUGGAAUAACAAGUAUAAAGACAAUUCUCGAAGAAUACAGAGAUAAGAGAAUCUUUCCUGAAGUUGUCAAUGGUUAUUAUGGUCGUUUGAUUGAUCUUUUUACUUGUGCCCCAGAAUUUAAUAAAGCAAUUGAAGUAACAGCUGAAUCUCGUCUCUUUUACCAUGUUGUCGAGAAUGACGAUGUUGCAAUGAAAUUACUUGAAGCUGUUAAUGAACGUUCUCUGCCUGGAGAAUUUAAUUUUUAUCCUUUAAAGCGAAUUUUGGAUACUCAACCUCGAGAAAUUGUUGAUCAGGAAGCUCGUCCACUCAUUGAAUGUAUGCGAUUUGAUCAAAAAUUCAAUCAAGUCUUCAAAAUGGUAUUUAAAGAUCAUGUUCUUGUGCCUAGAUUAGAUGUUGGUACACGUGUUGCGCGUAAUGAGGCUUUUAAUUGUGAUCAAAUAAGCCAUCGUGGUCCAAUGACGGGAGGUUAUAUGGAUGUUAAACGUUCAAAAUUGGAUUUGAUUCGAAAAUUAAAAGAAGCAGAAAAUGACAAAAAUGAUUUGGAGAAAGAAAUUGACCGCUUAACAGAAAGAAUUUCUCAAAAUCUUAAUGGUGUAGAUCAAAUACGGUUGGAAAUUUCAAAGUGUGAAACUCAAAUUCAAACACUCAAUAAUGCUUAUCACAAUUGCUUGGCUAAAAAACAAAUAACUUCUGAAUUACUUAAUAAAUUAUCGAACAAUGCUGAACCUAAAAAAGCACAAAUUACCAAACUCAACAAUCGACUUAAAGAGCUUACUGCCCAAAAAGUAUCAGUCAAUAACCAACUUAAAGCUCCUUUGGAGGCUGGAUUAACUGAAGCUGAGAGGGAUAAAAUUAAUAAAAUGGAGGAUGACAUUAAAAAGGGUAAAGAUGCUCUUGAAAAAAUUUCCAAAGAUCGUGCUGAUUUGGAAAAUCGAAUACAAACAAUUAAUAACGAAUUACAACACAAAUUAUUUAAAAAACGAGAGCAAUUGAAUGCUGUAAUUGAAUCAUUUGAUGCUGGUGAAAAAUUAAAUCGUUUGGAUGCACAACAAUCAGAAAUUAGACUUAUUAAUGUAAGAGUGAACAAGUUAUUGGAAUUUGUUGGAGGAUUAGAUAAGAAUAUUGAGGAAUAUAGCAUAAAGAAAGCAGCAUUGACUGGUGCAUUAGAAGAAUUACAAGAUGAGCAAAAGAAAGCGGAAAAGUUAUUGGAAGACUUUGCUAAAAAUGCUGAAAUUUUUUGUACAAAAAUAGCCAAUCUUCAAUCUAAAAGGGAAGAAUAUUCUAGAAAGAUAAAAGAAAUUGGUCCAUUACCAGCAGAUGCCCAUGGAACUUAUGAUAAACUACCAUUAAAACAGUUGGAUAAAAGAUUAACUGAAGCAAUGAAUCAUUUAAAAAAAUAUGAAAAUGUUAAUAAAAAGGCUUGUGAACAAUUUAUUCAGGCAGCCUCACAAAAAGAUGAUUUGGCUAAAAGAGUGAAUGAAUUACAGAAAAAUGAACAGGCAAUAAAAGACUUGUUAACAGUAUUGGAAAAUCGACGUUAUGAAACUCUUCAUUUAACAUUUAAGCAAGUUGCAAAAUAUUUUUCUGAAGUGUUUCGUAAACUUAUACCUAAUGGAUCUGCUAAUUUGGUAAUGCAAACAUUGGAGAAAAGUUUAAGUACUCGUUCUACAACAACAUUAUCUCAUAGUACAACGUUGCAAAGUGGUGCUGAAACUGAAACUACAAUUGGUGAACAACCAUCUAUGCCUGAGCGAGUUUUGCAUGAUUUGGAAACUUUUGUUGGGACGAGUAUUAAGGUAUAUAUAAAGGGAAAUGGGAGUAUUUCUGAUACUUUUUUGUCAUCGGAUCAACGAGACAUUAAUAAAGAAGUAGAGGUUUCAUUUACUGGUGGUACAGAAACUAGAGACAUUACUUCACUUUCUGGAGGUCAAAAAACUUUGGUUGCUUUAGCCUUAAUUUUUGCUAUUCAAAAAUGUGAUCCAGCACCUUUUUAUUUGUUUGAUGAAAUUGAUGCAGCUUUGGAUCAAGAACAUAGAAGGGCGAUUGCUGAAAUGAUACAUGAUCUUUCCCAAACUGCACAAUUUAUCACGACAACAUUCCGUGCUGAAUUGUUAGAACAUGCCGAAAAAUUUUAUGGUGUUCGUGUACGUGAUAAGGUGUCUUAUAUUGAUGAGGUGAAGUUUUUUUUUAGUUGA